AUGGCGCAGUUUCUAGACAAUUUUCCCAUUAUUAACGUGGUCAACGUCAAUGUUCUCGAUAAUCCCUCGUCAAUUACAAAUCCAUUCCAAUUUGAAAUUAUAUUCGAGGCACGAUGCGAUCUGGAGGACGACCUCGAGUGGAAAAUGACGUAUGUCGGAGACUACCGCUCGACAGAGGGAGAUCAGGUGCUGGACGAUGUGCUCGUGGGUCCGAUAACCCAAGGAACGCACAAGUUCUGCUUUCAAGCGAAUGCUCCCAAUCUAGAGAUUAUUCCGGAUGAUUGUCUAAUAGGAGUGACGGUAAUUCUCAUCACCUGUUGCUACCACAACCACGAAUUCAUCCGCAUCGGAUACUACAUUUCGAAUACGUGCGAUAGCAACUGGAAGGACUUCUCUCAAAUCCAACGCGAGAUUCAUGCCGACAAGCCCCGAGUCACUCACACGCCCAUUUGCUGGGAAUAG